AUCAUCGUAUCGGCGUCAGUCACACGGAGCAUCGCAUUUGGCAGCUGCGGAUACGUGAUGUUCGCGAGGCAGACCGUGGAUGGUAUAUGUGCCAAAUAAAUACGGAUCCGAUGAAAAGCCAAGUCGGCUACUUGGAUGUAGUGGUACCACCUGAUAUCAUUGACUAUCAAACCAGUAACGACAUGGUCGUACAAGAGGGCCAAAACGUGACUCUUACGUGCACAGCAACAGGACUGCCAAUGCCUACGGUAACCUGGCGACGUGAACGUGAUAUACCGCUGCUGCAGAAUAUUGCUGGAUCUAAGAUUUAUAGCAUUGAAGGUCCGCAUUUGACACUGUGGCAGGUGACUAAGGAGAGCAUGGGCGCUUACUUGUGUAUUGCUUCAAAUGGAAUACCGCCGACUGUGAGCAAAAGGGUACUCGUUGCAGUUAAUUUUGCACCUACUAUUUGGACCCGUUAUGACUCGGUCUAUGUCGGCUAUGGUCAGAAAGUGGCAUUGGAGUGUAUUUCCGAAGCACAUCCGACCACGGUAAAUUUCUGGCUUAAAGACAAAGAAUUGGUGCAGAGCGGAACUUAUGAGUCGGUCUCAUUAGACAAUAUCUUCAGAAUUGUAAUGCGUUUAAUAAUACGACCCAUGGAGUUGAAAGACUUCGGUGAUUAUCACUGCGUGGCUAAAAACUUAAUGGGUGAAUCGGAACGCGUUAUAUCAGUGCUGCAUAAAUCCAGGAAGAAUAUUCGUCAUUCCCAUGCGUUGGAUGGGAAAGACAAUAACCUGAUUUUAGUCGAGGAAUACACUUCAGAUGGUACUUCCUUAGCGACCGCGUUUCGCACUAUGUUGAUAACCGCGGCUGUGCUUCAUUGGAGAUUAAAUAAAUAAUAAUUAUUGAAAAACUUAAUGAAUAAAGGAAUA